AUGUCAACUACACCUCUGGACCCCAGCAAACGCUCAAAUUCUCGUUCCCGAACGUCACGACCUACCACCCCGCUGCGACCUUCAUCCCGAUCAUCCUUUCGCGAGUCCGCGCGAGGUGCUGGAGAACACGAUGCACCAUUUCCGAUGAAUGCGUUUGAGCCAGCCUUUGCUGAACUUUCCGAUGCCAUGGCCGACCUCGAAGCAAAUAUGAUGCACUUUCAGCUUAUGCACGAGAGUUUAGCGAGAUUCAGUGAAUCGUUUGCGAGCUUCCUUUAUGGCCUGAACAUGAAUGCCUUUUGUGUUGAUUUCCCAGAGGGACCUGUCCCGGAAUCUUUCCGCAGAGACCGGACUCAACCAGAACAACCCGCCGUGACCCCAUCAAAAUCAGAGGCUGAUGCAGAAAUGACAUUCAUGACCACUGACACGUCCUUUGUCGAGAAUCCUCCCACUACCACCAAGUCUUCCAAAUUCACCACACCAGAGCCUCCAAAAAGACAAUCACGUCUCCCUGCUGCUCCCGGUCGAGGAACGUCGUCUCGGGGAAGGUCGACUCGCGGUGUCGGACGUAGCCGGCCUAGUGGACUGGCCAGAGCGCGCGGUCGUGGUGUUAGCUCCGAUGCGCCCUAG